UCGGUGUUUAAAUACCGAGACUGUCUGCGUAGCAGCAUUCACAAGACAAACAUCGCUUCAUCUCACCAGAAGAGUCUCUGAUCACCGAACAACAUGAGCAGAUCUACAGAAUGGGUUCCUUCCUUGUGGAGGGAGACCUUUGAUGAAUUGCUGGACGACGACAAUGAGCUGGACUACGGAGACCAGUGGACUCUCAACUUUAACUACAACCAGACAGACCAAGUCACCGCGGAGGAGAGAAAGAGAGGCUGGAAGGUCUACUGCCACUCCUCUGGCUAUGGACAUUUCCUGUGUGCAUCUUGCAGCAAGAGCUGGUCUUCAGCAAAGGUGACGUUGUUGUUCCGUUACCGGCUGCGAGGUGACAGGGGGUCAGUGAUCAUGAGGCCCUUUGGACAGGCCUGUCGCAGUUGCAACGACAAAAGUUUUGAACAACCUGGUUUUUCCAAGGAAGAGGUGGAAAAUGCCUUACUCAGAUUGUGUGCCAAAAUCCGGAAGAAUUGCUACGGAGAGGACGACGACGAUCAUGGUGUCGGUUCAGGAAACCGCUCGGAUAAUAGAAAACCACAUGAGAAGGCCUUGUGUCAGGCCUGCAGUCAGGGCAUCUGCGGUCAGAGCAACUGCCCUCAGGAUGAUGAUUAGAUGUGUGUGUGUGUGUGUGUGUGUGUGUGUGUGUGUGUGUGUGAGACAGAUGUAGAUAGAGACAGAUAGUGACUGACUGGCAGGUUGUGUGCAGAUGUACCUUUGCCAUUUGUAUGAUCCCAUUUUCCUAUUUUGAAGUUGUCUAAUUUUGUUGUUAUGUUGAUGUUGUGUUAUGAUUUCUUUUGUACCAUCAACACCAAUAAUAAAAGUUUCCUUUUUUAGUAUCAGCACCAAUAAUACCAUUGUUCCAGUAAAUAUGUUAAAGGUUUUGCAUUUUUGUCACUUUUAAUAAAGUCUUAAGUUUUUGUUUCAA